AUGCAGAAUUUCGAGAACUCAUUCUUCGAAAUCCAAGUGGAUCGAGAUCAUCCUGACAAUUUGUACAAAGAAUUUGAAGAGUUUCAAGUGAAAUAUAAGAGGCAGUAUAAGGAUGAAAUUGAGAAGAAGUUCCGGUUUGAGCAAUUUGUAAGGAGUCAUAAUCAAGUUGGCAAAAUGAACAAAAAGGCAGAAGCGUCCGGUCAUGACACGAAAUUCGGAAUCAACAAGUUCAGUGACCGUAGUAAGGAUGAAAUAAGCAGCAUGUUCUCAAAAGUCGGACCGUCCAACAUAUCACAAUCGAAUAUUCCAAUGUUCGAUAUGAAAAACUUUCGUGUUAAACGACAAAUGGAGGGACUUCCGAAAAUGUUCGAUUUGAGAAAUAAGAAGAUUGGAGGGAGAUAUAUCAUUGGAGAUAUUAAGAAUCAAGGCGAAUGCUCGUGUUGUUGGGCGUUCGCUGCAACUUCCCUUGCUGAAGUGGCGUAUUCGGUGCAUUUGAAGAAACCAGUGGUUCUAUCCGAUCAAGAAGUAUGUGACUGUGCUGCGAAAGAGAGGCCAGGAUGCUCGGGUGCAUUACCGACUGACGGACUACAUUACAUCAAAGAAAUGGGAUUGGCGAAAGAGAAUGAAUACGAGUACUCUCAAGAAAGAUCUACUGAGUUGGGAAGAUGUGAUGCAGAAAAACAUGAACGAGACCUGAAUCCGUUGAUGCUUGAUUAUUAUUUCAUUGAUCCAUUCAAUGCUGAAUAUAUCAUCACCCACCAUCUCGUUCAACUGAAUCUUCCAGUAUCUGUAGCAUUCAAAGUUGGAGAAAGUUUGACAGUUUACAAAGAAGGUAUUCUCGAACUGACGGAUUGUGAGGACGCUAAAGAACAACACUGGCAUUCUGCAACGAUCAUCGGUUAUGGAACUACAAUAAGUUCGACGGGACGGAAAGUGAACUAUUGGAUUUUGAGAAACUCUUGGGAUACUGAUUGGGGAGAUUCUGGAUACGCAAGAAUUGUGCGCGGAACCGAUUAUUGUAGCAUGGAAUCUCAUGGAAAUGGAGCACGAAUUCCUGAUGAAUAA